UCUUUCUGCGUAGAUUCGUUGAGCGCGGCAAGCGUUGCGUGCCUCAUAGUGCGUAGCUCCAGCAAAAAGUAGCGAGAAGGGGGAAUGUCGGCUUGUGAAUGAUCGGUUUUGAGGCGGCAGGGAGCGUCAACGUUAUGGCUCAGCAAAAGAAUCUGGAAGGAUAUGUUGGCUUUGCAAGCCUCCCCAACCAAGUGUACAGGAAGUCUGUCAAGAGGGGCUUUGAGUUCACCCUGAUGGUCGUUGGUGAGUCAGGGUUGGGCAAAUCCACGUUGAUCAACUCUCUGUUCCUAACAGACCUUUAUUCAGCAGAGUAUCCAGGACCUUCCCAUCGAAUCAAGAAGACUGUACAGGUGGAGCAGUCCAAAGUUUUAAUAAAGGAAGGCGGUGUCCAACUGCUCCUCACAAUAGUUGACACCCCAGGGUUCGGAGAUGCUGUUGACAACAGCAACUGCUGGCAGCCAAUCAUCGACCACAUAGACAGCAAGUUUGAAGACUACCUGAACUCAGAAUCCCGAGUGAAUAGACGACAAAUGCCCGAUAGCCGAAUCCACUGCUGCCUGUACUUCAUCGCCCCCUCGGGACACGGACUAAAGCCCUUGGACAUUGAGUUCAUGAAACGGUUGCACGAGAAAGUCAAUGUCAUCCCACUGAUCGCCAAAGCAGACACCCUCACCCCAGAGGAAUGCCAACAGUUCAAGAAACAGAUCAUGCGGGAAAUCCAAGAGCACAAAAUCAAGAUCUACGAGUUUCCUGAGACGGAUGACGAAGAAGAGAACAGGCUGGUCAAAAAAAUAAAGGAGAAGUUGCCACUUGCUGUAGUAGGAAGCAACACCAUCAUUGAGGUGAACAGCAAGAGGGUCAGAGGGAGACAAUACCCCUGGGGUGUUGCAGAAGUUGAAAACAGUGACCACUGCGACUUUACCAUCCUCAGGGAUAUGCUGAUCAGAACUCACAUGCAGGACCUGAAGGAUGUGACAAACAACGUCCACUAUGAAAACUACCGCAGCAGGAAGCUGGCUGCUGUCACCUACAAUGGUGUGGACAACAACAGGGUGAAAGGUCAACUGUCCACCAAACAAGACACAGUUGAAGGAAUGAGUCCCAUGGCCCAGAUGGAGGAGGAGAGGCGAGAGCAUGUGACUAAGAUGAAGAAGAUGGAGAUGGAAAUGGAGCAAGUAUUUGAGAUGAAGGUGAAGGAAAAAGUGCAGAAGCUCAAAGACUCAGAAGCAGAGCUUCAGCGGCGUCACGAGCAGAUGAAGAAGAACCUGGAGGCUCAGCACAAGGAGCUGGAGGAGAAGAGACGCGUGUUUGAGGACGAGAGAGCAAACUGGGAGACCCAGCAGCGCCUGGAGCAGCAGAAGCUGGAGGCCUCCAGGACUCUGGAGAAAAACAAAAAGAAAGGCAAGAUCUUUUAAAAGACAGUCAGCAGGACCACCCCAACUCGAGUUAUUUCUGUUUGCCAACGUUGCCAGUCAGGACACCAGUGUGUGGCACUGACAUCCCCCACCGUCUCCUCCUCCUCCUCCUCCUCCUCCUUCUCCCUUCCCUCCCUUUUCUCCACCCCUCCUUGCCCCCAUCCCUGCUCUGUCGGCCAGCACAGCUGAGCUCCUGCUCCCCGCCACUAGAAAGGGGUAUGUGGGGAGGUGGAGGGAGUCUACAGUGAAGCAGAACUACCACCACAGAGCCCCCCCCCCCCGCUGCCUCGGGACUGAAUGUCACAAAAAGAAUAAACCCCAUUUUUUGAGAGGCAAAGAAAGGCCAAACCCAUAUUAUUUUAAUUAUUAUUAUUAUUAUUGGUGUUAUUAUUAUUAUUAUUAUUGUUGUUGUUGUUAUAACUGAAUACUGUCCCCGCCUCCACUUGCUGCUCUUUUUUUUUUUUUUUUUUUUUUUUUUUCUUCCCAAGGUUGCUUUUAAAUGACCGAUUUGUACAGUUCAAUGGAGAGCACCACAGACAAAAAAAAUACCCAUGUCUGACUGUUGUACAAUCACGUUCUGGUGAAUUUUAUUUGUUUACAGGUAAAACGACAGUAACAGUAAGUGAACAAUUAACCUGAUCUUCCAUCAUGUAUUCAAGUAAGAAGAGGACAAGGCAUUAACUAAUCCUUUUAAUUUUAUUUCUUUUGAGUGUAUCUGGUAAACCCUUAACCCUUCUCUGAUCAGUGUGACAGUCAAUGGGGAAAACCUGAAAUCAAGAAUAACAAUAAAAUGCACCUUGGGCCUUUUUAUAGAUUUAAAAAAUGGCUACAGCUUCUUUUUUUCUGAAAUGUUAUGCUUUCUUCCUCUGUGUUUAGCGUUUUCCAUUAGCCUUGGACCACCAUUUAUAAUGUCAUAAGUGUUAUAUUUCACUUUAGUUUAUUUUUAUAUAUACCGAGCCAGCUGAAGUCAUAACUUCUUUUGUAUGUGUAAGAAACUCCUCAGAGACUUGAGAGCAGCAUCCGCUGUUUUCACAAAAAAACGGUGAUUCUGGACGCUUUAAAAUGAAACAAACAAAAUUUCAAUCACUCUGCGGAAACGAUCAGUGGGGAAUGAAGAGUCAACACCGCAGUUAGCUUUGGCUAUGUACUCCAUCUCUGUAUUUUUAAUUUUAUUUUUCAUUUGUAUUGUACAAAGUCACUUAAUAAACCUGUGAUGAUAUUGA